GCUUCUCUGCUAAAAAGCUAGAGAGUAAGUUAAGGCAGCUUCAUGAAUUUGGACAUGUACUCUGGGCUGAGAUGUGGAGGGUCUGUAGAGCUAAGGCAGCUGUAAACGCCCAGCCGUUUUCCUGUCCAGAUAUCUGUAGGCUGAAAACUUUGUGCCAGGGGAUGGAAUCCCUGAAUUUGUUCCCUUUUCCUUGUACCUGAGUGGACAUUCCUUGGGUAUCCUUGUAAAAAGACUCACUGCCAGCAGAAGGCCCACCCAGUCUGAAGAGAAUGGAGCAUGUGUGUUGAGGAGUCUGGAAAAAUGUUCUGGGAGGCAGGGUGGGCCAGAAGAGCACAACAAUGAAAGACACGGGCUCAGUGUCACCAUCUCUUCUCCAAGGAACCUUGGACAAGUCGUUGCACUUCCUUGAACCUCGGUUUUCUCAUCUGAAAACAGGAGAAUAUUUUCCUGGUCCCUCUUACAGAGCUGUCUUGAAGGACUGAGUGAGAAAAGCCUGGCCUCUCAGUGGGUGGUGGCUUUUAUCACUAUAAUGAUGGAAGACCUACAAAAGUUGGUACCGAGACACCUGCGCUCUAGGUUGCGGGGUUGGCCAGCUCUUCUCCCGGGGAGGGUGUCAGGCUGGUUGGCGCCCGGUGCGGGCUGUGAAUGUCGGAUGCUUAGGCUCACUCGUCACCGAAAUAGGAGGCGUGCGUAGAAGGAGGGCUUGAGUUAUUUAUGCCUAGGUCCUGGGACAGGAUAGGAAGGACCCCUGAGUGGUGAGGUUGGUUUUUUAAAAACUUCUCUUUUGUUAAUAAGUUUCUCUUCCUCUCCCCAACCCUCGACCAUCUAUCUGUCAUGGACCUCGCCAAGACCUGCUCCAGCUUCCAGUCGGACCUAGAUUUCUGCCCAGACUGCGGCUCGAUUCUACCUCUGCCCGGGACUCAGGAUACGGUCAUUUGUACUCGCUGUGGCUUCUCCAUUAACAUGCGGGACUUCGAAGGGAAGGUUGUGAAGACCUCAUUUGUGUUCCACAAACUGGGAACAGCCGUGCCUAUGUCGGUGGAAGAAGGACCAGAGUUCCAGGGGCCCGUGGUUGACAGACGCUACUCUCGAUGUGGUCAUGAAGGAAUGGCAUACCACACCAGACAAAUGCGCUCAGCUGACGAAGGGCAGACUGUCUUCUACACCUGUACCAACUGCAAGUUCCAGGAGAAGGAAGACUCGUGAUCUUUUUUCUUAGCUACUCAGCAAUGCCUCCCUCUCCUCUUCCUUGGAAGGUGGAUACUAGGUCUUUAGGUCUCCUGUCCAUCCCUCUGGUUGUAAUGUCUUGUUCCCAGAAGGAGUAUCAGAUCCUUGUGUGGAGAUUGCCAUUGUCCUCGGAGCACUCCUACUCCUAGUAGAGUUUCCUUAAAGUUACAUUUCUCUGUAAGAAUAUGUCAUUUACAAUCUGCUUUGCUGCCACAGGAAUUUAAAUGAGCUAACAGAGAUAUAUUUGUCCUUUCAGCAAAUAUAUCAACUGCAAAAAAUAAUAUAAAUUAGUAGUAUGUGAGAAAGAAAAAGGAGGAGAAAAAAUUAAGAGCCAGAAAUGAUAGUAAUAUAAAAAAGCAAUUAUAAAAAUCCUCACCUUCCAAAUCUAUUUGAUUACUGAGUUUAGGAAAACAAAAAGUGGAAGUUUGGAUAGUGAGAAUUCAACUGAAAAUUUAACCAAAUCUAUUUGGUAUAUAAGUUUCAACAACAAAAAAUUCUGAUACCAAGGGAUACCAGCACAUCUUUACUACAGGUGAACAGGAAAUUACUUAAACGGUAAUUGUGGUCUUUUAAUUGCUCUUGAAGUAAAUGUAAUAUAUAUAUUCUUUGUAAUAGAUUCACAUAUAGAAAGGAAGAAAGAAAGAAAGUACAAAGCAUGGGGAAUCCCACUAUUCAGAGAUAACCAAAUGAUAUAUAUGUGUGUGAACAUAUAUAUAUUUAAUGGGUCUUACUACACAUGCUGAACCAUAUUUUGCUUUUUCAGUUUGAACCAAAAAUUUACAAAGGAAAUAAGAGUCCAGAAACAAUAAACAUUUUCAAAUUUUA